AUGCUCGCCCUAACAGCAGAAGCUUUCCUUUGGUUUGCCACCAAUGCUAAAGGUUUACCCCUCUCGUACACUUUCCAGCUCUUGCCCUCGUUAUACCGAUUCCUUCGCCCCCGAGUAUUCAAAACCCAACGUGAGCUAGUCGGGUCCUCUGACGAGUCUGAUAACGCGUCUUCGUCACUACUCAGCUUCACGUACGCGGUACCAAAGCUCUUCCAAUACCACACCACCAAGUCACGGGCGACCCUGGCCGACAUCGAUAUCAAUCUCCACAAAUCCAACAGUACAUUUUUCACUGAUGCAGAUAUCAGCCGGGCCACGCUUUUAAGUACCUUACUGGGAAACGCAAUGGCAGACGUGGGCCCGGCCACCCCCAUUCUUGCAUCGGUCCAGUCGAAAUUUCGGCGUGAAAUCCGACCGUAUCAGGCAUAUUGGGUGUGCUCUCGGAUUUUAACGUGGGAUGACAAGUCUCUCUAUACGGUGACCUAUUUUCUGCGUGCAGACAUGGCGCAGCUACCCGUCGAGGUGGAUGUCCUGGGCGGAGGUCCUACAGCGGUGCUGCAGCACGACAAGCUUAAAAAUGGCGUUUUAGCGGUACUGGUGACAAAAUACGUGUUGAAGGCUGGACGCAAAACAGUGCCGCCACAGAAAGUUCUGCUGCGCGCUGGCUUGUUGGUGAGGGAUGAUAGUAAUAAUAAUGAUCAUGCCGAAAAGGACCUACGGGCAGGGGAACGCGAAGUUUGGAAUGCGGACAAUAUAAAUGUAGCGAUUGGGCAUGGUCUGCAGUACAUCAGAGAGAGCAUGCUCUAG